AGAGAGAUCGAGAAAAUGAUUGGUUCGCGUUCUCACGGAUGGAAAGUGGUCUGGACGUGGGUCUGGAAACUAUUCACCCCGCUCACUUUAUUUGGUAUUUUGGCCUUUAAUUGGAUUCAACACAAACCGGCCACCAGUGGUUCGUACGUAUACCCGGUGUGGGCCAAUGUGUUGGGUUGGUUCAUAGCAUUUCUGCCGACAAUCACAAUCAUUGCAAUGAUGGCCCACACCUUCUUCUCAUUCAAGUCAAAGGGAACUCUAUUUCAUAGAUUGACGGCAUUAAUGCAACCGAUGGAGAGCUGGGGUCCGACUCAUAAGAAUCUAGACUUGAAAUCGACUGAAAUCACGACUGAAGGGAACGGAGCGUUAAAUAACGGUCUGAUUCGAGAGAAUUCGUUCGACAAUCCCUCGUUUAACGUCACCUACACUUUCGAGACUGCAAUCUAAGUCCCGCUAUAACUAAACUCAUCCAUUAGUUCGCGUUGUGUUUACUCCUCAAAACCAUUGAUCACUUUUUUUAUAGAUACCAUGAAAUGAUUUUUUAAAUCCAUGUUUAAAUUUUUUAAUUCUAAUUUGUUUUUAGAAUAUUUGUUGAUUUCUAAGUCAUUUAAUUAAUCUGUUAUUUGAUAACAAAAUUUUAAACGUUUGCCUCAAAAAUACAACACAACUAAUGAAUACAAAAAAAAGAGUCACUGAAAUUGAAUUCAAUUUUGAGAAUCCAAAGGGAAUACAUUUUUUAGAGAUAUUUUACUAUUGAAACUGACUUUAAAUUCUUAUAAAGUAAUAAACAAAUCUUUAUUUAGUAAUUUAUUUUU